UGAGACAUAUUGGAUCACACGGAGUUGGAAAAAACAUUUAGCCCUCGAACCGGCUGGAUGCAUGAGCUCAUGAUGUCCGGCUUGAAAGGCAACACUGAAGGUGGAUGAGGAAGUGCAUCUUGUCAGCUUUCCCUUGUGAGGAGGAGUUUUAGGUGACAGAAAAUAAAGAGCGUACCCGAGCCACACAUAUCACCUGUGCGGAGAACGAAGACACACACCUGCUGAUUACAUCAAACAAAAGACAUGGACUUCAGAGGCAGCGUUAGACCUUACGUCAACUUCGACGCCAAACACGAUGCCGAUGUUCUCCACAAGGCCAUGAAAGGAAUCGGUACGGAUGAAGAUGCCAUUCUCAUGCUUCUGGCCGCCCGCAGCAACGUUCAACGGCAGCAAAUUAAGGUGGCGUACAAGAAGGCCCACGGAAAGGAUUUGGUCAGCGCUCUGAAAUCCGAGCUCGGCGGGCUGUUCGAGAGUCUGAUCGUGGCCUUGAUGACUCCAUCUGUUUCAUACGACGCCUUACAACUGCACAAGGCUCUCAAGGGCGUCGGGACUGAUGAUGAAGUGCUGAUUGAGAUCUUGGCCUCCAGGACCGGCGAACAGAUUAAAGAAAUCACCAAAGUGUACAAGAAAGAGUUCGGGGGAAAGCUGGAGAAAGAUAUCUGCGGUGACACCUCAGGGCAUUAUCAGAAGCUGCUGGUGAUCCUGCUGCAGGCGAACCGGGAGGAGGGAGUGGACGAGGGUAAGAUAGAGAAAGAUGCAAAGGACCUGUUUGAGGCUGGAGAGGCCAAGUUUGGCACAGACGAGGAAAAAUUCAUUACAAUUCUGGGCAACAGGAGCCCAGAGCAUCUCAGGAAAGUGUUCGACGCCUACAAGAAGCUCUCCGGCUUGGACAUCGAGGACAGUGUCAAAGGCGAGACCACUGGGAAUCUGGAGAACUUGCUUCUAGCUGUUGUGAAAUGUACGAGGAGCGUCCCGGGAUUUUUCGCUGAGCGUCUGUAUAAAUCCAUGAGGAGAGCUGGAACCGAUGACGACACCCUCAUGCGGAUUAUGGUUUCCAGGAGUGAGGUGGACAUGCUGGACAUCAGAGCCAGCUUCAAAAAGACGUACGGCAACUCUCUGUACACCACCAUCCAGGAGGACACAGAUGGAGACUACCAGAAGGCCUUGCUCUACCUCUGCGGUGGGAAUGAUUAAUGUGGCUUUAUGAUGUGUUUAGCAGCGCUGAAUGAUGAGCCGCUGUACGCAUGAGAUGAGGAUAUCGAUCCACGGUUCUUUCCUCUUCAUCUUCUAAUUCUUCUCGCUGACUUUUGAUUGAAUUAGCGUGAAUUACCCUCUUGUCAUUCCGACCUGUGACCGUUAUCUCCAGCUUGAAUAUCAGUGACAGUGCACUCACUUUAAAGUUAUUUAGUGGCCCUUUAAUGUCAUAGUUUAACCCAUGAACGGACGCAGGUUUUGAUUGUGAAGCACCGAGUUUGCAGCCGUCGAGCCUCGUUUGUGCGUUCGCAGCAUGUGUUAAAUGCAGAUCAGAAAAUACAAUACGGCUGCUGAAUUAUUAAACCCCGCAUGUCGACAGCUCUCAUUAAUUACGGAUGAGAAGCUGAUCCCGGCUUGAACGGGCGAUGCAGCUGUCGGCGAUCAAUAAGUAAUGGGACGCAAUUAGACAUUCGUUGACUCAUAUAAAGACAUCUAUGGCCUCCAAACAUGACGGGGGCCAGAUGUCAAACACAUGAAAAAUGGCUUCGACGGUGCUGGAGCUGAGCCACAGGGUGGCAGCAGAGUUUAAAACGAGCACGUCGUCCUUUGAAGAGAUUUCACUCUCACUGAAUUCAUGUAGCCUCUUGUUUUUAUUAUUUAUUUAAGGGAUUCACAAAGUCUUAGAUUAAUGUGUUAACCCCUUAUUAACCCCUUAACUGUUUGAUCCUUCUGUCUGUUUCUGCGUGUUUCCUCUCAUGUGAAUGUAAUUCGGCUUCACAGAAUAAAAUGUAUUUAAAUCUGAUCUCUGAGAUAAUUUAAAAUAAAGGCCUUGGUUUGGGAAAUCCU